UAAAGCUCACACACAUCUGCAUAUGUACACACACACACACACACACACAUUCCCACACACAGCUAUACACAAACACUCACACUCUGUAGGAAACCAACUGUAAGGAGACCGCAAGGAGGAUUGAAUAAGACCAAGGCAGGAGGAUUCAAUAAGACCAAGGCAGGAGGAUUCAAUAAGAACAAGGCAGGAGGGGGAUCAGAGCAGACAGGAGAAAGUAUAUUUGCAACCUGGACUGACGGCCGCCUCGGCCAGGCUGUCUGACUUAGGGUCUAUCCACCAGGAGAAUGGGUGUCCCCUUCCUCCUUUCCAUAGCCAUGGUCCUAACCCUAACUAGUGGCCAGUACUACUACCAGGGACUGAUGGAUUAUCUGGAGAAUAGAUUCCUUGCUAUAGAGGAUCGCAUGCUCAUAUGGCACGAGCAGUCUAACCGUUACAGCACAGAGCUGAGGGACUUUAAGAAGCGGACUGCCCAGUUCAUAGGAGGACUUAACGAGGAUCACAGUAACCUGCGCCAGGACCUGGAGGGGGCGGGGGUCCGGGUGGACCGUGUAGAGAGAGAACUGGACUACAUCGAGACCCAGAACCCGGCUAGGCCCUGUGUGACCCACGCUGACAGAAUGGUGGAUGUGGACCAAGAAGUCAAGAUGGUGAAUGAUGGAACAAAAGGGGGAGAGGAGGAUGAUGGGUUUUCCAGAGUCUCGGACUGCGUGGAUAUCAUCUCCAGCAUCCGAGCCAUGAAGAUCCUGAAGAGGACUGGCAGCCCCAAAGGCAUGUGGACUAAAGACGCCAGGUCCUCUAAGGUCUAUGUCUUCAACGGCACCACAGGUGACACCCUGUACCAGUUCAGCUCUGUCCUGGACCUCUCCGCCUCCUCGGGAGUGGCCCACAGCAGGCCAAUCAGGCUGCCCUCUCCGUGGAGUGGCACCGGUGGGGCCGUCUUUAACGGCCACGCCUACUACGUGACGGCCGAGGGGGACGAGCUCCGGCUGCUGAAGUACGACCUGGAAAACUCCACAGUGACAGACAGCGCCGUGUUCCCGGUGGAGGCAGCGGACCCCAGGCCGGUCUACGGCCUCAGCCCGGAGACGGCGGUGGACCUGGCCGCCGACGACCAAGGCCUGUGGGCCCUGUACGCCACCAGGGAGAGCGGCUCCAUCAGCCUGGCCAAGAUGGACCCGGACGCCCUGGACACGGAGCAGACGUGGGACACGGGGUGCCCACGGGAGAACGCCGAGGCGGCCUUCGUCGUCUGCGGGGCGGUCUACGUGGUCUACAACACCAGGGCGGCCGGUCGAUCCCGGGUGCAGUGUGUGUUUGACGUGAAUGACCUGGUGACCAUCGAGGAGGCUCCUCUGCUGUACUUCCCCAGGAGGUUUGGAGCCCACUCGAGCCUGAAGUACAACCCGCGCGAGAAACAGAUCUACGCCUGGGAUGACGGCUAUCAAAUUUUAUACAAAUUGUCAAUGAAGAGGAAACUACUGGUUUAAGUGGCUUUAGAGUGGGUGUUUGAUGGCACGAACUAUUGCAUGGGAAUGGUGUAAAGGCUAUCACUGGAGACAGUCAAACGUUGUCUGGGUUCGAUCCAACAUACUAUAUCACUUUCCCUCAGAAACAGGUCAAAUAUGUAUUAGUUCUACAAUAGGAUUAAUUGUACUGUAAGAUCCAGUAUAUUCAUACAGUUUGAUGUUAAAUGUUUGUUAAAAAGCUUACAUUUUGAUUUGAAUACAUUACAAGGGUGUAAUUGUGAAAUGUAGAGCCUCUGGCUAAAUGAUACAUUCCUCCACAAAAUCAGCGUUAAAUCGAAAAAUAAAUCUAGAAUAAUCCUUUGAACCCAACUUUGCACCACCAUCAAUACUUAUUCAAAUGAUAUGUCUUCUGUUGUCUUCUGUGUCAUCGCUGGUCUAUUAACAAAAAAAUUAACAAUAGAUCAAAAUAUAGUUUUUAAGAUCAGUUUAUU